ACCUUACUGGAAACGUACGUGAAUUGCACAAAUAUGCAGCGAUACAUCAGUGGAUGAUGAGAAUCUGAGCAGAUAUCCGAUCCGAAGAAAGGAGUUUAGAGUGCUUGUCCGUGACUGUUCGUCGACGGACAGAUAUCGUGAAUUAGACUGCGGUCACAAGUUAAUACAAGUAGAUAGUUAUCACGGGAUAGCGAUGGGUGUACCGACCGGUAGAAACGUCGAGGCGAUGGACGUGGACGUAAAUCCGUCGGACACGCAGAACACAAACGGCGAUGGUGACGGCGCGGGUGAACGCAGGGACACCGAUAUGCAGACUUUGUGCGACAUUCGAGAGCACACGCGGCAAAUUGAGAAAGCGGUGCAGAACAAGGAGCCACGUUUCGUUCUCCGUGCCCUUCGCGCCUUACCCAACACCCGUCGUCGUCUCAAUCCGGUCGUGCUACGCGGUCUCGUCACGGGUUUCUACACCAAGUCCGCUGUUGAGCGGGACGCCCUGCUCGCUUGGGUGGAGGAGCCGAUGGACGUGGACGACUGCCAGGCUAUCACUCAGAAGUUCCGCAGUUCCUCGGCAUCUCUCUUGCCCGAGAUCGAUGGCUACAUUCACUUGCUGGUGCUGAUUCGACUAAUUGACACCGGCAAGUACAACGAGGCGGUGCAGUGCUCGGAGCAGCUGGUCCAGAAGAUUGCCGCGCAGAACCGUAGGACCAUAGAUCUGAUCGCUGCUAAAUGCUACUUCUAUCACUCACGAGCCUACGAGCUUACGGAUCAGCUGGACAAGAUCCGUGGCUUUCUACAUCUUCGUCUGCGUACUGCAACACUACGGAAUGACUUCGAGGGCCAGGCGGUACUGAUCAAUUGCCUAUUGCGCAACUAUCUACAUUACAAUCUCUACGAUCAAGCAGACAAGCUGGUGCUCAAGUCGACUUUUCCCGAAUCGGCCAGCAACAACGAGUGGGCUCGCUUUCUCUAUUAUCUCGGUAGGAUAAAGGCCGCCAGAUUGGAGUACUCGGCUGCUCACAAGUAUCUAGUACAGGCGAUGCGCAAAGCGCCGCAGACUACAGCGGUUGGAUUUAGACAAACUGUACAGAAGUUGGCGGUCGCCGUAGAACUUCUCCUUGGCGACAUCCCAGAGAGACAGAUAUUCCGGCAGGCCGCUCUACGGAGAGCCCUUGCCCCAUACUUUCAAUUAACACAGGCGGUACGUCUGGGUAAUUUGCAACGUUUCGGUGAGGUCCUAGAAAACUUUGGCCCACAGUUCCGUGCGGAUCACACUUUCACGCUGAUCCUGCGGCUGCGGCACAACGUUAUCAAGACUGCGAUCCGUUCAAUUGGGCUCUCCUAUUCGCGCAUCUCACCAGCUGACAUCGCUCGCAAACUAGGAUUGGACUCCAGCGUGGAUGCAGAGUUUAUUGUGGCUAAAGCGAUCCGUGACGGUGUUAUUGAGGCCACCUUGGAUCCAGAGAACGGCUACAUGCGCAGCAAGGAGACCACGGAUAUUUACUGUACCAAGGAACCACUGUUGGCCUUCCAUCAAAGAAUCACCUUCUGCCUGGACUUGCACAAUCAGAGCGUGAAAGCGAUGCGUUACCCACCGAAAUCUUAUGGGAAAGAUUUGGAGUCCGCGGAAGAGCGUAGAGAGCGGGAACAACAGGAUCUUGAGUUGGCCAAAGAAAUGGCCGAGGAAGAUGACGAUGGUUUCCCUUGAAUCCCUUGAAUUCAUGUCUGCUUAGACAAAGUGGAAGAUUGGGAGAAAGUAUGGUGUUUCUAGAGAAGAUAUUAGAAGACGUGCUUUUCUAAAAAAAAUAUUUAAUUGAACUAACAUUGAAUUUAUUGAAUUAAUGAAUUAUAAAGACCGUGACGUUUAUACUCUAUGCAUUUUUCGUACAUGCUUUGUAAAUGUCAAUAAUAUAUAUGAUUUAAGAUAUAAUGUCAAGCAUAUGUAAUACACACAGGAAAUGAUAACGUUGCAA